AUUGGCAAUCUCAAACAUAGCACAGUGAUCUAUUUUCGUCCUUAUCAGAUAUUCAGGAUUUCUCAAUCAUUCUAAGGAUGGCGGAACACAUUCCAUUUGCUGUUGCCUCUAAUCUCAUUCACAGGUUGGCUUCAGCAGAUUUUCUUGAAUUUGGACAGAAGUAUGGUGUGACGGAAGAGUUGGAAGAGCUCAAGAACACAAUUGAAUCCAUCAAUGAUGUGCUCCUUGAUACUGACGAUAAACAAGAGCAAGCUCGUGUGCGAGUUUGGAUUAGAAGGUUCAAAGAAGUACUUCAUCAUGCAGAUGACUUCUUAGAUGACCUUGCUAUCCAAUUUAGGAGGGACAAAUUGGGUGCAGCAGAAGGAAAAGAAGUAAACAAGGUACUUUAUUCCUUUCCAUAUUCAAAUCGAAUUGAUUUUCCCAUUCAAAUGGCUGAAGAAAUUAAACAAACACGAGAAAGUUUUUGUGCUGUAGUGGAAGACAUGUAUAAAUUGAAUUUACGCCCACGAUCUAUGGUGGUUAAGCAAACUGACAAUGGAUGGAGGGAAACAUGUUCUUUUGUGUUAGAAUCAGAUAUCAUUGGAAGAGACGAUAGUAAAGCGGAGAUUAUAAGUUUGUUGAGACAACCACACGAAAACCAGAAAGUUUCUGUGAUUGCUAUUGUUGGCAUUGGUGGUUUAGGGAAGACAGCUCUUGCUCAAUUGGUGUAUAAUGACUUGGAAGUGCAAAAUUCUUUUGAAAAGCUAAUCUGGGUGUGUGUCUCUGAUAACUUUGAUGUUAAAAUUAUUGUGAAGAAAAUAUUAGAAUCAGUUCAUGGUGGCCAAAUAGAAGACAAGUUAUCAUUAGACAACUUGCAAAAUAGGCUUCGUCAAAAUUUAAGUGGUAAAAAAUAUUUGUUGGUCUUGGACGAUGUUUGGAAUGAGAGUCAUAAAAAAUGGGCUGAAUUGAGAACUUACUUCUUGUGUGGUGCUCAGGAUAGUAAGAUUUUAGUGACAACUCGAAGUGAAAUUGUUGGAAAGACAAUGACUGCUAGCACUUUCUAUCCUUUGAAAGGUUUGACUGAAGAAGAAUCUUGGAGUUUGUUGAAGAACAUUGCAUUUGAGGAUGGUUACAAAGGAGUGAAUCAAAAUCUAGAAACAAUGGGGAAAGAUAUAGCAAAAAAUUGUAAAGGGGUUCCAUUAGCAGUUAAAACGCUCGGAGGUCUGUUACGAGGACAAAAUGAAGAAAGUGAAUGGAAAGAUGUUUUAUGCGGUGACUUCUGGAACUUAUGUGAAGAGCAUGACAGUAUCAUGCCAAUUCUAAAACUCAGUUACCGAAACUUGUCACCUGAAAUGAGACAAUGCUUUGCUUAUUGCUCUUUAUAUCCCAAGGAUUGGAAAAUUUACAAAGAUGAGUUGAUUCAGUUAUGGAUGGCACAGGGUUACCUCAAACUUUCAAUUAAAACUCAACACAUGGAAGACGUUGGUAACGAAUAUAUAAGGAUUUUUUUUAUGAACUCAUUUUUUCAGGAUGCAGUGAAAAGUGAAUAUGGUGAGAUCAUUAGUUUCAAAAUGCAUGAUUUAAUGCAUGAUCUUGCAACGCUAGUUGCUGGCAAUGAUUAUUGUUACUUGGAUAGUACGGCAGAAAAAGUUGAAGGUAGACCCAUGCACGUAUCAUUAGAAUCUGGGGCCAUUCAUUUAUUGGAUUCGUUGAAUGCAAACAGGCUGCGAACUUUGAUUUUCUGGUCUUACACUGAGCAGGAACUUUUAUCUGUUAUUGCAAAUUUCAAGUAUUUACGUGUCUUGAAGAUGUUGCCCUCUUCCUUUUGCAAGUUGUCUGAUUCAAUUGGAAAAUUCAAGCAUCUAAGAUAUCUUGAAUUUCAGUUGGAGAUAGGUCGAAUAAGUUUUCCCAAAUCUAUAAGCAAUCUUAUUCUCCUCCAAACAUUAAAAGUGAGAAAGUACGAUGAAGAAUCAUUUUCAGAAGUAGUUACAAAAUUAGUCAAUUUGAGAUGGCUUCAUAUUGCUGAUGAUUACUCCUUGAGUGGGAUGCCAGUUGGGUUGGAAAAAUUGUGCUCAUUGCAAUUCUUAUCAAUCUUUGUUGUGGGAGAAAGCCAAGAAACAAAGUAUGGAAAACUAAAUGAAUUGAAAGACUUAAAUCUAAGGGGAGAAUUAGAAAUUAAGCAUCUAAAUUCUGUCGGAGACGUGGCUUUAGAAUCACAGGACGUAAAUUUAAAAGAAAAAAAUUUUCUUCAAUCCUUGACUCUAGAUUGGUAUAUCUCUAGAGACAUCCGUAACAGUGACAGCUUCCAAUUGUUAAAAAACCUUCAACCCCAUAGUAAUCUAAAACAAUUGAAUGUGAGGUGGUAUCCAGGCAUGCUUUUCCCAAACUGGCUUUCGCUCCUCACAAAUGUUGUUCAUAUCUCUCUUUUCAUGUUUCGUAAUUGUCGCUGUCUCCCACCGUUGGAACGUCUCCCGUUCCUGAAGUCACUUGGUAUAGAGUCUCUCCAUGAAUUGGAAUACAUAUAUCUUUAUGAAGAUGGCUUCGCAGUAACUUUCUUCCCCUCUUUGGAGAGCCUCACAUUAUGGAGUUGUCCGAAUCUCAGGGGAUGGUGGAGGCGGGGAGAUGAUAUCAAUGAUUCUAAGAAUUCAUAUCAUUCCUCCUUACCUCUUUCAUUUCCUCAUCUUUCUCAACUAAAAGUCUGUGACUGUCCACGAUUGACUUGCAUGCCAACUUUUCCAAAAGUUAAGGUUCUUGAUUUGGAAAAUUGCAGUGUGGAGCCAUUAAUAGCAACACUGAACACAAGGGUGUCAACAUGUUCACUUGACUCAUCUUCCUCCGCUGCUCCUCUUUCCACGGUCAAACAAUUGGACAUUUCUAAUGAUCUGAACAUAAAAGCGUUACCAAAGGGUUGGAUGCAAAAUCUGACUGCUCUGGAGUCUCUUCAAAUUAAAAGGUGUGGAAGUGAUGAAUUUGAGACUGGGUUUAAGGACGACACCAACUGCCUUCCCUCUCUGCAACAAAUCACCAUAUGUGAUUGUAAAAACCUGAAGGCUUUGCCAGAUUGGAUUUGCAGCGUCUCAUCGCUUCAGCAUGUCAAAAUCUUAUUCUGCCCAAAUUUGGCAUCGCUGCCGGAAGGAAUGACUCGUCUAACUAACUUAAAGAUCUUUGAGGUCAGGUGUUGUUUCCUCUUACUUAAGAAAUGCCGAACUGAACGGAGUAUUGUUAGUCGCCAAAUUGCACACAUCCCACAAAUUAUCCUAUAUGAUUAGUGGUGAUCAUAAAGGUGCUGAUGUCCUUUUUUGUCAACUGGUUUCUGUUGUUUACUUUUUUUCAACUUAUGUCCACUUUGAUUCUCAAUUUUGAAUUGUAGGUAUAUAAAAUUUCAAAUUAUAAUUUUAACAUAGAAAGACUCAUUAUUGAAGAAGAAAUACUGGAUAUUCAAGACUUCCUAAAAUUGUUGGAUUUCCAUAACGUUAGGGAACCACUUAGUCAGAUAAAACUUCAAAAACUGUUUAGUUAUUUAUUUGUUUAUUUUUACUAUUCAACAUCACACACAUCGGCAGGCUUUGUUUUGCUUGACAUAUUGCUAAUUUACUAAGUAGUAUAAUCAUCAUCUUUAUCUUUUUCUAUUAUGAUUUCAUAAUUUCCAAUUGUGAACAGUUUGUGGUUGUAAUUCAAACAAAAAUAUACAUUUUCAACCUUAGCUCUGUAUCUUUUAUGUUCUAAUAAUUUCUCUGAUAUUACUUAGGGCUUGCUGCAACAAAUGCAAGAGUAUUUUCAGCAAGCAUAUUAUUUACGUGAUCGGGUAGCGUGCUUGAUUCCUGGCCCUGUAUCCAAUAUAUUGCCUUCUAUGUAUUUGAGAGUUUGCUACGUAAUUCCCAUCAAAGGAAUAAAGUGUGAAAGUCAAUGUAUAAUUUCUUUUCAACCUCCCUUGCUUUCAAGGAGUAUGUCGUGACCCGAAAUUUGAUGUGACCAGCACACAAGCUAAGUUACCUAAAAAACACAAGACAACAAAGAUUUUCAAACAAUUAAUAUGAAAAUUUUACCAAGUAGAAUUUUUUUAUAUUUUUAUUAUCUCAAACUAUAAUAACAUGUAAAAAUCAAUCUAUAACUAAACUAAAACUAAUAGAAUUCUAAAAUUUGUAAUAUUAAAAUUGAAACAUCUAUUUCAAAACCACACUAAAAUUCUAAUUCCUUAACAAUUGUA